AUGUUCGAGGCACCUCUUCCCGUCACCCUCCCUCCCACCACCGACUUCAAGCACGCAGAUCCUGUCCGCACCCACGACGCCACGCCCGCCCAGAUCGCCCAGAACCAGGCACCCGAAAGCAACGGCGUCAAGAAGCCCGCUCACAGCAGCUCCCUGCCCGCCAUGUCCAACAUUCCCUCCGAGCCCGAGUUUCAGCAGGCCUACAACGAGUUGGCCAGCACCCUCGAAAACAGCUCCCUCUUCCAGAAGCACCCCGAGUACAAGACCGCCCUCGAGGUUGUCUCCAUCCCCGAGCGCGUCAUCCAGUUCCGCGUCGUCUGGGAGGACGACAAGGGCCAGGUCCGCGUCAACCGCGGCUACCGCGUCCAGUUCAACUCGGCCCUCGGCCCGUACAAGGGCGGUCUUCGCUUCCACCCGACCGUCAACCUGUCCAUCCUCAAGUUUCUCGGCUUUGAGCAAAUCUUUAAGAAUGCCCUGACCGGCCUCAACAUGGGCGGCGGCAAGGGCGGCGCCGACUUCGACCCCAAGGGCAAGAGCGACGGCGAGAUCCGCCGCUUCUGCCAGGCCUUCAUGCGCGAGCUCUCCAAGCACAUCGGCGCCGACACGGACGUGCCCGCGGGCGACAUUGGCGUGUCCGGGCGCGAGGUGGGCUUCAUGUUCGGCGCGUACCGCCAGGCGCGCAACAAGUGGGAGGGCGUGCUCACCGGCAAGGGGCUCGACUGGGGCGGCAGCCUGAUCCGGCCCGAGGCCACCGGCUACGGCCUCGUCUACUACGUCGACUACAUGCUGCAGCACGCCGGUCGCGGCAGCUUCGCCGGCAAGCGCGUGGCCAUCUCCGGCUCCGGCAACGUCGCGCAGUACGCGGCGCUCAAGUGCAUGGAGCUCGGCGCCACCGUCGUCUCCCUGUCCGACUCCAAGGGCGCAAUCAUCGCCGAGGAAGGCGGCCUCACCGCCGCGCACGUGGAGGAGAUUGCGGCGCUCAAGGUGAAGCGCCAAGCCCUCACGUCCUUCUCGGCGCCCGGGUUCAAGUACCUGGAAGGUGCCCGGCCGUGGGUGCACGUGGGCAAGGUGGACGUGGCGCUGCCGUGCGCGACGCAGAACGAGGUCAGCAAGGAGGAGGCCUCGGCGCUGGUGGCCGCCGGCGUGGUGGCCGUCGCGGAGGGCUCCAACAUGGGAUGCACGCAGGAGGCCAUCGACGUGUUCGAGGCGGAGCGGGCGGAGCGCGGAUCGGCGGCCAUCUGGUACGCGCCGGGCAAGGCGGCCAACUGCGGCGGCGUGGCCGUGUCCGGGCUGGAGAUGGCGCAGAACAGCCAGCGGCUGACGUGGUCGGAGGAGGAGGUGGACGGAAAAUUGAAGGGCAUCAUGAAGGCGGCGUUUGACAACGCGCUGCGCACGGCGGAGGAGUACGUGCCGGCCAAGGAGGGCGAGCUGCCGAGCCUGGUGGCCGGGAGCAACAUUGCGGGCUUCGUCAAGGUCGCCCAGGCGAUGCACGACCAGGGCGACUGGUGGACGCACUAUGGUGACUUUCUCAUUGACAACCUCAAGUUCCAUCGCGACAGCCUACGUACUAUGCGCCUCACUGGUAUACUUGCAGCGUCAUUCUCGCUUGCUGCUUCCACAGCGGUCGACGACCCCGUGAACCAUGAAAUCGACGAGUCACAGAUAUUCCGCGGCUCCUCGGCAGAGCCGCCUGGGGAUGUGUUCCUCGUGAAGCGCGACCGCACGCAUCAACUCGCCGGCAUCUCCCUCCCCGAGCCACCAGGACUCGGCCACUCGCUCGCCGCGCGACAGCAGCAGCAGUGUCCGUACCCCGUCAUGUGCUCGCCGCGCUCCUGCUGCCCAGCCGGCUACAAGUGUUUCUGUGCCGAGCAGGGCUCCGUCUGCUGCGGCCAGAGCAUCUGCCCGGCCGGCACCGAGUGCAACACCAACGGCGGGAGCGUGUCGUGCUGCCGGCCGGGCGAGCUCAAGUGCCUGGGAACCUGUUGUCCGGCGGGAUCGCAGUGCUCGCCGCAGGCUGGUUACUGCCGCCGUCUCGUGCUGACGCGAAGCACCACAACAACGGAGGUGACCACCACGCGCACCCGCGUCAUCGAGUCCACGGAAACAUCCACCCGGACCACGGUGGUCAGCUCCCGCGUAACCUCGACGACCAAGACCACCGAGACGGCGUCGUCGUGCUCCUCCAACGGGCGCGCCCGGCGCGGCGACGAGCACGAGCCGGCCCUGCAGCGCCGGCAGAACCUGCGCCCCAACUGCGUCUACGAGUGCGUCAACGGGCGGCGCCUGCCCGUUGUCGAGGUGCCCAACGUCCCCGGGCAGACCGACCAGCUGUUCCUCAGCAUGUGCUCCGGGAUCCUGGGCACCGCCGGCGGCGGCCGCUCCGGCGGCGGGGACGGCCGCAACUUUGACGUGCUCACGUAUCGCGGCGCCGACGGGAAGAGGCAGCGCCGCAGCCAAGCGCGCUGCACCGGCUACUGCGCGCAGCAAAAGGCCGUCUUUGGCGACCCGGCGAGCCUCCAGUGCGACGAGUACCCUCCAGCCAUGGCCGGGGAGGGCGGCAAGGGCGCGUUCAGGGUGUGCAUCCCCAACGCGCAAAACUCGGGCGCCCAGGGAAGACUGUUCCGCCGGUUCGUGAGCGACUGCGCGCCGGCAAAGGGCCAGCCGUUCGUGGUGCGGAUGAAGGGCGGCUGCAACGUGCGCAACGACAAGCGCGAGGUCAUCCACGCAGCAGCAGCGGCAACAGCAGCGGCGGCAGCGGCAAGCGCGACCACGUUUAACGCCUCGAGCAGCGUGCUGUACGCGUGGGACGAUAGCAUGAGGUACAUGUACGUGCCGCUGCCGGACCUGCGCGCGGGGCAGCACUACCGCGUGGACGUGCGCUUUCGCGGCGCGGUGCGCGGCGUGCGGGUGACGGACAGCGACGGCGAGGACUACUACGUGAGCGGCGGCGGGGAUGCGUCGGACGGGCACGUCGUCGAGUUUGAGGUGCCCGGCGCGGACGGCGAGGAGGGAGAGGACGACGCGGUGCCGGCGGGCUUGUUCCUCGACGUGGACGAGGCGGUCGAGGUGAGCUACGCGGGGGAGGCGACGGCCAACGGCACCCAGACGGGCCAGGAGUCACGGGCCGCCGGGUUUCCAGCCAUCUCUGCGGGUUCAUGGUGGUUGUGGCUGGCCGUGCUGGGCAUCGCUGUCGUGUAA